AUGAGUUCUGAAGUUCAUGAUCAAAUCAAACAUAAGUUUUCUUUAGUCUUUACCAAAGAAUCCAAUAUUAACCAAACCAAACUUACAGAUAUCUUACUCCUUCUUCUCAUAUUAGCCAUUUGGCCAUUGAUUGAAUUUCAAGAAAAUUAACAGCAUCAUUUGACUAUCAGAUUUAUUCUAGUCUUUAUAUUAGCAAACAACUUAAGAAAUAAUCAUUAAAGAAGAAGAAAAGAUUAUGUUAAAUUUUAAGUUUAUUUUGGGAUAAGCAUUCAAAUAAUCACCAAUCUUAUUUUUGUAUAUCAAAAGCAAAGGUAUUUGUGAAUAACAAUAUUUGUUAAGCAAUUAGCAUUGUUAAAAUUACCUAAUUACAAUUGCUUUCCUGAUACUUAUUUCUACUCGAUUUUAACUUCCUCAAAUUCGAAAAAUCGCCUAUUCAAUUUCACUUGUAUCCUUCAUUACACAGUUGUAUUUACAAAAUUAAGUCUUUCAAAUUAUCAAGUAUUUUGCUAUCGCUUUAAUUGCUAUUGAAGGAACUAUUUGGAGAACACAUUUUACAAAUUUAGAAUAUAAUAACAAAAUGGAGGAUUUUGCUAGAGAAUUAGAUUUAAUGAGAGAUUACUAUAAUGAAUAGAUAAAUAAAUUCUAAGAUAAUUAAGAAAGUGAAGUUUAACAUUAAUUAUCUUCUAGAGCUAAUGAUUUGUUAAAGAAAUUGAGAUUAAUUAAAUAUUAAUAACUUUUAAUCAAAAAUAAUACAGUUCAAAAAGGAAUUUGUUAACCUAAAAAAAAAUUAUCUGAAAUACAUUAGAAUGCCUUUUCACUUAGAUAAUUACCUGAAAAUAAUAUUCAAGACGAAUAAAGUUCUAUAUAAUAGGAUUUAUCUUAUAAUCAUUUCUAAAAUGAAGAAAGCAAUAAUAAUCCUCCAAAAUUUAGAAGAAAAUCUUAGAGAAUUAUGACAAGUGCAACUGAUUAAAAUAAUAGAAACAACGAAAACUCUAACAGUGCAUCAUUUUCUGAGAAAAAUCUUGAGGAAGUCAAAAUUACAACUGAAGAUAUUGAUGAUCUUUUGAAUUUGCUUUCUGGAAAAAAAGAAUCUAUAUGGUUACCAAAAUUUUUGAGGAGUAAUUAAUUAAUAAAUGAGCAUGAAGGAUUCAGUGUAGAUGCUAAAUAGUACUUUACCUAAAUUAUUUCAUAGAUUUUUAUUAUCUCAUUUCACACAGAAGUAGCCAUCAUUUGAAUAUAUUUAAGAUAAUCAAGAUCAUGUUUAAGAGGAUGAACUGGAGAGAAUUGACUUUAAUGUAGAUUUUCUUUAAUUUUACAGAAACAAAUCUUAAGACAAUAUUUAAACUAGGAUAUUUUUCGAAAAUACAAUAAACUAUUUUAAGAAAUUUAAAAUAGCCUAAACUUUAAAAAUCACAAAACCUGAAAUGAUUGGAGAAUUUGCUGUAAAAAUUGAUAUGUUAUACCAUAAUAAUUUAUACCAUAAUUCGAUGCAUGCCCUUGAUGUAACGAAUUCAACUGGUUUUUUCUUGGAGAAUGGUUUGAAUGAACUACUAGAUGAUUUUGAAUAAGCCUGUUUAAUAUUAUCAUCCCUAGCACAUGAUAUUGGGCAUCCUGGAUUAAAUAAUGGAUUCUUGACGAGUAAUAAAUGCAAAUUAGCAUUAUUAUGUAAUAAUUAAUGAUUAUAUUUAGAUAAUGAUUAAAGUGUGCUUGAAAAUUAUCAUUCUUUUUUAUUGUUUUAAAUACUCUCUUAAGAUCAAUUUAAUUUAAUUUAGAAUUUGGCAUAUAUCGAAUAGAAAGGAUUUAGAAAAUAUUGUUUGAAUCUAAUUUUGGACACCGAUCUAACAAAACAUUUUUAAUUGAUGAACAAAUUCUAAAAUUAUUUAGAAUUGACAGAAUCAUAAGAUCUGGAUAAAAACUUGUUAAUGUCUAUUUGUAUCAAAUGUGCAGGUAUUAAUUGAUUAUCUAUAAAGAUGUUGGUCAUGGAGCAAAGCAAUUAAAAAUGCACAAACUUUGGAGUAGAAGAAUUAUUGAGGAAUUCUUCUUACAAGGAGAUUUGGAAUCCUAUUUGAAAGUACCUGUUUCACCAAUGUGCGACAGAAACUAAUGUGUAACCAAAUCUUAAGAGGGGUUUCUAAAAGCCAUAGUUUUACCAAUGUUUAAUGCAUUCGUUACUUUAUUGCAGAAGUACAUGAUAGUCUAAGUCUGCAUAGCGUAAAAGUGGAAGAAGUUUGUUUGUAACAGAUUCAUGAGAAUUUGAAGUAUUGGUAGUAGCAAACUGAUGAUGUUCAAUUUAUGAGAGAGACUUAAAUAGAAGGACCAG